AUGGUCCAGAUGCCUGGCAGCCGAAGAAGGGGAAUAUGUUUUGAAAGAAGUGCACGAGGGCAUGUGCGGUUCUCAUAUCGCACCUCGAUCACUCGUAAAGAAGGUGGUUUUGCAAGGGUACUACUGGACCCUGAUGCUCAAACAGGCAGAAGAUUUGUUACCCGGCAAAGAAAAUUCCUCACUAUGGCGAUUGAACAUUUUACGAAGUGGGUUGAGGUAGAAGCUAUGAGUGAUAUCACCUCUGCCCGGGUAAAGGAGUUCUUCUGGAAACAGAUAGUUUGCCAUUUUGGUCUCCCUCGAGUUUUGAUAGGUGAUAAUGGUAAACAAUUCGAUUGCAAGAAAUUCAGAGCUUUUUGUGCCAAAUCAAAUAUCGACCUCAGAUUCACCUCGGUCACUCAUCCACAGAGCAACGGUAUGACUAAAGUAACAAACUGA